UGUAGUGUGUAGUCUGUAGUGUGUAGUGUGUGUACUGUGUGUACGUAAAUGACAGCUAACGGAGCUUAGAUUAGUCAGAUCCACCGAUGACGUUUCUCAACCCAUCUGCCAAAUAUUCUUAACAUUUUCUGUUAAAAUGAAGAUUCGAAAAAUCCUUAAUUAUUAAUUAAACUCGAACAUGGAACCAAGUGAUAGGAAUGGUAGUCGUAGAAAUGAUGUCGAUUGGUCGAGAUUUGGAUUAGGAAAUGAAGAAGCGGCUUCAUAUAAUAGAGCGAGGCCCCGUGGAAAUUCAGGAGGAUUUGUUGAUUUAGGAAAUGAGUAUCAAUACGGAGCUGGGGGGCAUCAGGCUUCGGGAGCUAAUGAAUUAUUCGCUGAAGAACAAGGAGAUGUGCCCUGGUGGAAAUCUAAUUUUUUUAUAUCACAACCAGUUCUGUUUGGAACAUGGGACGGAGUUUUCACAUCUUGCUUGAUAAACAUUUUCGGUGUCAUUGUCUUCUUACGAUCAGGAUGGAUAGUUGCACAAGCAGGGAUUUUAAAUGCAGUAGCGAUUGUUAUAGCGACAGUGAGCGUAGCUCUAAUAUCAGUGCUGUCAGCAGUAGGAAUUUGUGAAAGAUGUAGGGUUGAAAGUGGGGGUGUAUAUUUUCUUAUAGCCCAUACCUUAGGCUCCAGAUUUGGAGGCUCGCUGGGUCUUCUGUAUUGUUUCGGACAAGCUGUGGGCUGUGCAUUAAAUGUUUUAGGUUUUGGAGAAUCAAUAGCUGGCCUUGUUGGUUAUGAAGGAAAUACAUGGGCUAUACGAGGUUUUGCUAUAGCAGCUGUAUUAUUGCUCAGUGUGAUAAAUGUAGCUGGUGUUAAAUGGGUUGUAAAAUUACAAUUUGCACUUUUAAUAAUACUCUUAUUAGCUGGACUAGACUUUAUGGUUGGCUGCUUUGUUCAUGAAGACCCAGAAAACGGUUUUGAUGGCUGGCUCACAGGAAACUUAGCAAAUAAUACAUGGUCUGAUUACAAGGAUGGCUAUACAUGGUUCACUGUGUUUGGAGUGUUUUUUCCAACUGUUACAGGAAUAUUAUCAGGAAUAAAUAUGAGUGGAGAUUUAAGAGCACCUUCUACUGAUAUUCCAAAUGGAACAUUGGCUGCUUUUAGCACUGGAACCUUUUUGUAUUUGGUUUUCAUUCUAUUUCUUGGAGCAACAUGUCAGCGGAAAACCUUGUUAACUGAUUUUAUGAUAACUGCAAGAGUUUCAGCGUUAUCCGUACUUCUAUUAGGGGGAAUUUAUGUAUCUUCCAUGUCUAGUUGCUUAGGAGCAAUGUAUGGGACACCAAGGGUUUUGCAAUCUAUCGCAAAUGAAAAUGUAAUCCCCGGUAUUGGAAAACUGGGAAAAGGAAGAGGACCUAAUAAGGUUCCCUUAUAUGCAAUGGCUGUUGUUGCUGCUGUAACAAUAACUUUCAUAUUUGUGGGGCAAAUUAAUACACUAGCUCCUAUAGUAACAAUGCCAUUUUUGUUAACUUAUGCUUGUAUUGACUAUUCGUAUUUUGCUCUUGCUCAAACCUUUGAUAUACAACAUAAGAGAGAGGAGCGAUUCAGAAUACAAAGAUCACAAAAUCUUCAUAGUCCAACUCGCGGAGACUUGAACAGGAGUUAUGGAACUGGAAGCAAUGAACAAAAUGAUUUAGAUGUGUUGUUUCCAGAAAGGACAAGGCAUAAGAAUUUAAAUGCUCAAGAAAAUGGCAAUAUACAUCUACCAGUUCAAUCAACAGAUCCAAAUUUACAAAAUGCAUCUGGCGAUGGCGGUACUGGAGAUGUGCAACCGAUUGUUCGAGGGCCUAAUAUACAUUCCAAAACUAAAAAUUGGUAUUCAAGUCUAUGUAACCGAUACGCAUCUCUUUUGGGAGCAUUCAUUAAGCUUGCAAUAAUGCUCAUGGUGCAUUGGCUCUAUGCAAUUUUUUGCAUCAUAACUGUAUUUUUAGUUUGGUUUUAUGUGGGCACAGCCAACCCCGCAGUAAAACCGGGAUUGACAGCAGAAUUUAAAUUUUUUGUUUGGUUGAAGCAUUUACUGUUGCAGUGUAUAGGCAAACGAAAUCAAGAAUAUGAACAAAUAGUAGUAGCACCAGUUCACCCUGGUUUAGAUGUACAGGAAGCACAACUAAAUGAAGAUAAUGAGGAUUUCGCAUCAAGGCGUCGAUACCAUCAAUCAGCUACUGUGCAUGGACAUUACGUAAACAUUGACGGAUAGUUGUUUUAAUUAAUGAUCACCUAAUACAUAUUUGACCAGUAUUGCA